AUGUCCGACCACAACGAAGAUCUCGCCGCCACCAAGACCGAGGGGUUCAAGGUCGGUGAGAAGAAGACUUUGCAGGAGUACCAGGAGCUUGACAAGGAUGAUGAGGCUAUGGUCCGCUGGAAGGCUUCCCUGGGUUUGAACGCUGGAAAUCCCAUUGGACAGCCCGGUGACCCUAAGUGUGUUAUCAAGUCUCUCGCUUUGCGGGUUGAGGGUCGUGAUGAUGUGUGCAUCGACUUGUCUUCUCCCGGGGCUGUUGACAAGCUCAAGGAUCAGCCAUUCACCAUUAAGGAGGGAGCCAAGUUCCAUAUUCAGGUGGUCUUCCAGGUUAACCAUGAGGUUCUGAGUGGUCUCAAGUACCUGCAGAUUGUGAAGCGCAAGGGUAUUCGUGUCAGCAAGGAUGAGGAGAUGCUGGGUAGCUUUGCGCCUAGCACGGACCAGAAGCCUGUCUACAAGAAGGACUUUGCUGAGGAGGAGGCUCCUUCUGGCAUGCUUCUCCGUGGUCACUACAACGCUGUGUCCCGGUUCUUGGAUGACGAUGACCACACCCAUCUCCUGUUUGAGUGGUCCUUUGAUAUCACCAAGGAGUGGUAG